AUGCCCGAUCUCUUCUCGUCGACUAUGCUGCCACCACCUCGACCAACGCCCAAACUCCAGCAAAAGCCCGCAGCGCCAGACCCUGCGACUCUCCAGCUGCGCUACAAGCUCUCCACCCCGACCUUCUCCAUUCUCUCCGCCAUCCCUGCGUCACCAGAUCGCCGGGCCAUCCUUCAGACAGCCUCCCAAGCCACUGAGUUUGGGUCCUUCCCCAUCCACGCCGGCGAAAAGGCCUUCUUCAGAACAAUCAACGAGACCAAGCCCAUACCCUACCUCAUCCGCGAAGCCGUCUCACAGCCAUGGCACAAGGUGUUUCUCCUGGUACAAAUCGAUCUCAUGAACGAUGGCUGGCCCAGCAAGCUCAGCGCUGCGGCCAGGAAGGAACUCUACAGAGAGAGAGGCCGGAUCUACAACAUCCUCGAAAAGUGCUUGCGUUGCGUCGUCGACAUUCUUGGCCAGAGAAUGGAUGGUCAUGGUGUGAGCACGGGACUGGACGUUCUACGGAGCAUCAAGGCAGGAGUUUGGGAGGGCAACGGUCAGGACUUGCUCCAGGUCGAGGGAAUCGGCCCUGCUCGUGCUGCGAAACUGACCAAGGCAGGUAUACGGAACAUCCUUCAAUUGUCAGGGAUGGAAUUUUUCCAUAUUGAGAGGCUAUUGAGCCGUAAUCCACCCUUCGGCCAGCAGAUACUCCGCGCUGUGGCUUGCUUCCCGCUGUUGAAUCUCAAGCUAGACGUUGUGCCAAGAGGGCGAGAGGGCGAUAACAAUUGGAUAGUGAGGAUUUUGAUCUCAUACGACAAUGAGAAAAUGCCUCAGUGGAAAAAGGCACGACCGUGGACGACGCUCGUCAUCGAGGGUGAGGACGGACGCCUGAUCUGGUUCUGGAGAGGAAGCACCAAGAAGUUGGGCGGCGGUAAAGAGAUGGUCGUCUCUCUGAACGCGAAGAAAGACGAGCAGCUCAAAGUGAUUUUCGCAUGCGAGGAAGUUGUGGGUACAAUGAUCAAAGAAACAUUCCGUAUCUGA